CAUUGGUCGCAUCGCAACCGCAAAAGUACGGUAAGGUCAAGAAUCAGUCGUUGUUAUCAAGUACCGCCACCACAGUAUGUUUAUAACUUGUGAGAUGUGAACGCGUGCUUGUGAAUUGUGAUUGGUUGGAAAUUAGUACAGUACCAUAAUGAAGACUAUCCUAUUAGUGCUGUGCAGCGUCCUGUACACAACACGGCCGCAGGCUAUCGACCGGAGGGUCGGGAGACUUCGAGAAGUGUUCGCAUGGAAACAGCUGUCCUACAACAUUGACGGAGUUUUGUACCAGCAAGAUCAAUUUGAUGAGCCUAAUGGAGUUUCCCUCGGGAACACAAGAGAUAGAGCUAAGAGACAGUCUGGAUCAGGAUUCUUCUUUGACAACAACGAAGCAGACACCGAAAGAAAUUGGAACCAGCAAUCUACUACUAAUCGUAACAGGUCGCAAGGGAACAGGCCUUCUAGAAGACCCUGGACUAACAGACCGACAUCGACUACUACCAGCCGACCUGACCUCGGAGUGUCCACGAGCACGAUCAGCCCUAGGGAUGAAAACGGACGCUUCUUCGUUCAAUACAACAAUGUUCCGAUGGGUGUGGAAAGAGUUGGAGACAGAGUAUUCGUCACGGUGCCGAGGAGACGAUAUGGCAUCCCGUCGACCCUCAACUAUAUAGACCUGUCGCAGGCUUCCAACACAUUAUCACCAGCUCUGAAGCCGUACCCGUCGCUGCAGGCCAGCAGGUCACUGACCUCUGUGUACCGCACGCGAGCCGACAGCUGCGGCAGGCUGUGGCUUGUGGACACUGGCAUGCUUGAGAUACCUAAUAAUCGACAGCAAAUCCAGCGGCCGGCGGUUGUGAUAUAUGACCUGAAAACAGACAGACAGAUCCUGAGAUACCCCUUCAAGGACUCCGACAUCCCUGCUGAGAACACACCCACUGGUCUAGCGUCCAUAACCGUGGACAUAACUGACGGAGACUGUGACAAUGCUUUCGCGUACAUACCAGAGUUGACCACCUUCGGGGUGAUCGUCUUCUCUCUGAGGGAGAGAGACAGCUGGAGGCUGUCGCAUAACUAUUUCUCUUUCAACCCUGUCGCUGGAAACCUGAAUAUAGCAGGACAGAGGUUCCAAUGGAGCGAUGGCGUGUUCAGUAUAACCCUGGGGUCUGGCUCGGGCGGCUGCAGGGCCGCGUACUUCCAUCCCUUGAUCAGCACUCACGAGUUCUCCGUGUCCACCUGCGUGCUGAAGAACAGGACUGCCAGUCAGGAUUCAAAUUUCUGGAGUCAGUUUUCUUUGCUCGGCAACCGCGGCGAGAACAGCCAGAGUACGAUGCACGAUUACCACGCGGCCACUAGAGUGGUGUUCUUUGCUGAAAUAGGCAGAGAUGCGGUGUCUUGCUGGAAUAAUGGCAACCCGCUCAGGGCUACCAACAUCGCGAUAUUGGCGCAGGACAGCCAACGGCUCAGCUACCCGUCAGAUCUCCACGUGAGCGGCGACGAAGUGUGGGUGAUAUCUAACUCCCUGCCACGGUUCGGAUACUCCCGACUCGACGUCAACGAAUAUAACUUCUACGUCUACAAAGCGAAUGUUCAAGAACUGAUCUCAGGGACCGCCUGCGAGGGAUUCAGAGCUAUCGCCAACAGAGCCGGUACUGAUGACGACCAGAAUACGGAGACUAAUUAAACGAUGUCUUUUUAAAAAAUAAAAUUGCACAAUAGAUGAAUAAAAAAAUAUAGUAUUGUAAUAGUUUUAGUUAGAAUAGCUAGCUUGUAUCCAUUUAAAUAAACUGAUAGGCAACAUAAGCAUUUCCAAAGAGUUGUUAAUGUCAGACACGUGGUCUGUGUAAAACCACAACCGUUCAAAAUUUUAAAGUUUAUUUUUUUUUUCACGCUGUCUCCCUCACAUCCCCAAAGGCAACUAGGAAUACGGACACCAGACGUCAACCCUCUUCGGGAAUGCUGUUGCUACCAGCUGUAGGGCUUCUUAUCCCUUAGUCGCCUUGUAUGACAUCCACAAAAGGAUAUAACAACUAUAUCCUCUAUUACAAAUCUAUGCCUACGUGUCAAAACGAAUCUUCAGGACAAGGAUUCGAAUGAAAUAUUUUCUAUAUAGUGAAAAUUGAUUUAUUAAAGCUAAAGUAAUAAUUAACAAAAACAACAGUGAUAUAUUUUGCCAUUUUCCACGGCUAAAAUGAAUAAAAGAUUUUGAUUAAAACUAAAGUGAGAGACAGACAAAAAUAACUUAUUAACAUACUAAUGAAUAACUUGUAUUUUCGACUCCUAAAUCGUCUAUAUGACUUCAAUGUAAUGUUUUCAUAUCUGUGCUAUAAGAACGCCCAUAUAGCUAUGCCACAUUGGUCCGUUGGGGCGACGCACGUCACGGCUCAAGAGUCCGAAAUAUAGAUAGAUGUGAUUUAUUUACAAGUGAAUGUUCCCAAUGUUUUUAUAAAAUUUUCAUUAUAGAAAGAAAAUAGUAUUUCACUAUAUAUCUAUAAAUAUAAUAAAACAAUAUAUGUACAUAGGAGAUAUUGAAGAAAAAUAAUGGGAUUUAAUAGAAGCCAAAACAAUUUUUUGCUGUCUCUCGGUCUGUAUAUUUGUUCGCGCGUCACGCCGAGUUUACAGUUGUACAGCGGAAGGUCUAACUUUAAAUCUAGUAUAGGUUUCACCACGAUACGUUGCUUAGAUCCUGAGAUGUCGAUGACAAUAAGUUGUGAGCGGACGCACGAAAUUAACACGGGGGAAGUUGCGGGCAAAAGCUAGUAUUUAAUAUAUAGUGAAAUAGUAUUUUAUUUUUUUAUUCACUGUAACCAUAAAUACAACUUUUAUUGAAAGAAAUAAAUAAACUGGACCUAC